CGUUAAUUAACAGUGACCUUGAAAGUUUCAUUAUUUAAUUAUUGAUAACAAUAACUGAUAAGAGAUACGAAAAGGAAACCAUUUUUAGUUGUCAACUCAAACUAUGUCCAGAAUUGUUCUCCUUCUAGCGCAUACACGUAAACAAUUAAAUCAUACUGAUAUAAAAUGUAAACACGAAAAUCAAUAUAAUUUGUCAGAUAAUUUUCAACAAUCAUCCAAUCCUUUAUGGUUAGAAGAAGAUAAACUAUUGGAUUCAUCCAAUUUUAAUGAUAAUUUUCAAGCUGUAAAUGAUCUAAAUGAAUUGAAAUCUCAUAUCAAUCAUUCAAUACUGGAUGUUUCCAAUAUUGACAGAAAACAAAUAAGAAUCUCAGAAACUUUCUACCCAGUUAAUGUAAAUGGACUUCUUAUUUGGAAUUUGCAUAUUAACAAUAAAUCAAAUGAAAUUAUUAUAUGUCCUGAAACAUAUCAGAUAUGGUUGAAUAAUCAAAAGAUUAAAAAUAUCAAAGUAUAUUUAGAUUGUCAUAGACAAUCACAACAUGGGACAUUAUUACUUCAAUUUGAAAUGAACCUUUCAAAUGAUUCAACUAAUAAUCAGAAUUCAUUUCAACAAAUUAUAAAAAGUUUUAAUUAUCAAUUUAUUAUUUCUGCAUUUUAUUCAUCUGAAUGUUCUGUGACACUAGAAGAUAAAGAACUUAUUUUAGAUCUAUUACAAUUGAAACAUAUGAAAUCAUUUAUGAAUAUGUCAAUGACCAAUUGGACAAUUCGUUAUAUUUAUCACAUUUAAAUUAUUACCAUAUUCGAAAACCAGUAUGUAUAAUUUAGGUUUAUUAAUAGUAUAACUAAUGAAUUAAUAAAUAAAAAUAAUUCUUAACAUGUCUCUA